UCCACUCGGGGUACCCUGUCUCCCAUAACGAGCGCACCCCUCUUCCCCGGGCGGGACUUCCUUUCUCCUGCGGAUGCGAUACUGAGUAGGCAGAAAGGGCUUGGUCGGGUUGUCACUGGUGUAUCUGUGCGGCUCUGGAGCAGCAGAGAACUGACCUGAAGACGCCGCUGCCACCGCCGCUGAAGCCCCGUAGAUGAGCCUCCUCCCCGGCUAUGCUGCCCUGAGAGAGCCGCCAGUAUCCGCCCCGCCAACAUGUCUGAUGUCAACAAGACUAUUCAGAAAUGGCACGCCAGUUUUAGGAAAGGCACAGACUUUGACUCCUGGGGACAAUUAGUGGAGGCUAUAGAUGAGUACCAAAUUUUAGCGAGACAACUGCAAAAAGAGGUCCAGUCAACAAAUUCAUCAGACUUCACAGAGGAGCAGAAGAAAACCUUAGGAAAAAUUGCAUCAUGUCUGGAAAUGAGAAGUGGCAGUCUGCAGUGCACACAGUCCAAGGAGGACUUCAAGUUAGAAGAGCUGAAGAAACUGGAAACCAUCAUUCAAAAUAUUCUGACGUACAACAAAGUAUUUCCCUUUGACGUGCAGCCAGUGCCCUUAAGGAGAAUCCUUGCUCCAGGUGAGGAGGAGCACCUGGAGGAGGAGGAGGAUGCUGCCGCAGGAGCAGGGAGCACCGAGGCUUUCCCCCCCCGAGCCCCCGCUUCGCAAGGUACCUUGUUGCCACGGUUACCAUCAGAGCAUGGAAUGACACUACUAACCCUAAAGAUUGAAAAAAUUGGGUUGAAGGACGCCGGGCAGUGCAUCGACCCGUACAUGACCGUCAGUCUCAAAGAUUUGAACGGCUUAGAUGUGUACCCAGUGCAGGACACACCUGUGGCCUCCAGGAAGGAAGAUACCUACAUCCACUUCAGUGUGGACGUGGAUAUCCAGAGACACGUGGAGAAAAUACCAAAAGGAGCAGCUAUCUUCUUUGAAUUCAAGCACUACAAACCUAAAAAGGGUUUCACCAGCACUAAGUGUUUUGCCUUCAUGGAAAUGGACGAGAUCAAACCCGGCCCCAUCGUCAUCGAACUGUACAAGAAGCCCACGGACUUCAAGAGGAAGAAACUGCAGCUCCUCACAAAGAAACAACUCUAUCUCCAUCUCCACCAGACGUUGCACAAGGACAGCUAAGUCUUGGCGUCCUGAACUUUAAACCAACUUUUUGGAAUCAUUCUUUCACACACACACACAUCAAUGUGGAAGUUCACCUCAUCUCACCCAGCAAUAUUAAACCAAGCUUGUAUUCAUGUGUUUUUUCAAGAGUAUAUGGAGAAAGUAAAGGGAGAUGAACACAUCACAUCAGCUCCGACUUGUGUAUUCUUUGAUUUUGUCGUCAAGUACGAUGGAAUAUAAGAGCUAUUGUAGAUUUUCUUUCAAAUGGAGCCAGGUGAGAGGGGUAAUAUUCAGGGGAAGACUCAGAAUGUCAUAGGUAGAACUGGUACAUUUAUGAAAAGAAUACACAUUUAUGAGGGAAAAGCUUGAAUAUUCUCUGUCAUCGUAACCAUUCAAAGAACCUGUGAAAAACAAUGUUUUUUUUUAAUCGAGUGGCUACCACAUUGUUUCACUUUGCAAGGAUGGAUCAGCUGUCCACGACACAACCCUAUUCAAUUCACAUACAGUAUUUUCUUGGUAAUUCCAUUUUUGAAUAUAACCCAACGAUACUUGCUCUGUAGAGAUUUUAUUUGAAACCUACAAUGGAGCUAAUAAGCUAACAGUCAUAUCAUUUCUGUUGCUGGAAACCCCUUCUCCAAUAACUCAAACAUACUCUCUGUUUUUUUAUCAUUUGGAGGGACAGGGCCUGAUAGGAGAACCAUCUUAUUUCCAGUCUUCCUUGAGUUAUUGCAGGUGCUUAAUUUGAGUCAAUAUAAAAAUGUUUGGGCUUUUGUUUUCUGGAAGUUAAACACAGCCAAACAUUCAAAGCAGCUGAAGUUGCAGAUCUAUGUGAACCUGUUGGUGAAGUCAUGGCAGAGUAUUCAAAGCCACUCCCUGAAUAAACAACAGACUUCAAUGUUUGCUUAACUAAGCCACCAUCAAAUCCUAAAUCCUGUCAUAACACCCAUUGGUUUGUGUUUGCCAUAACCAGAAUACACCUUUACAGUGUUUCAUUAUUCUCAAUUAAACAUGUGGGUUUACUCAAUGAUUAUAACUAUUGUAAUAAUGACCAACAAAGUCUUAAUGGCACACUCAAAUGGUUUGUUAAGUCACAGACGGUGUUGAAUUCAGUUAUAAUGUUGAAUGGAUCAAUUAGAGGUUAGGUAAACAGUAUGAUGCACUGAAACGCUCUGAAGAUUUAAGAGUAAUCACUUUUAAACAGUGUUUUCAGUUUGUCUACAUCACACUAACUCAAUAUUGUUUCACACCAGAAUUCAACUUGGUAGCAAUUUACAUUUCCUUCCAGUGUUCAUGCUUCAGUAUGUUUUGGUUUAAGUUUAUUUAGAUGUGGUUUCAUACUGUUUAAUAAAGGCAUAAAGGAUGGAUGCAGCAUUGUGUGAUGUCUACAGGUUAUUGUCCAGAGGAAGCUCUUUUUUUUAGCAGUUAAAGGAGUUAAGAAUCAUGUGUCUACCAUUAUCCAAAUGAAAUUCUAUGUGAACCUUUUAAUAGACAGCUUUAAAAAAAUAAAAAAGUUAAAACAAUAAUACA